AUGGCAUUGAAAUCAGCAAUCUCAGUCACACUCCUGUGCCUAGUCUUGUUAGCACUAGCAAAUGGUUCUAGUGCUGGCAAAAUUGCAAUCUACUGGGGCCAGAAUGGCAACGAGGGCACGCUGGCUGAGGCUUGUGCGACAGAGAACUAUGACUACUUGAUUAUAGCCUUUUUGCCAACCUUUGGCAAUGGCCAAACUCCUAUGAUUAAUCUUGCUGGUCAUUGUGAUCCAUAUAGUAAUAGUAAUGGUUGCACUGGCUUAAGUUCAGACAUCAAAUUGUGUCAAGCCAAAGGCAUCAAGGUGUUGCUCUCCUUAGGAGGAGGUGCUGGAAGCUACUCAAUUGCAUCCACUCAAGACGCAAGCCAAAUAGCCACUUACCUUUGGAACAACUUCUUGGGGGGACAGUCUUCAUCUCGCCCUCUUGGCCCUGCUGUUCUUGAUGGCAUUGACUUUGACAUUGAAGGUGGAUCAACCAACAUUGGGGUGAUCUUGCUAGGUUCCUUAAAGGGAAAUGCUCUCACCACAGGUCUUUUUGAUUAUGUUUGGGUCCAAUUCUACAACAACCCUCCUUGCCAAUACACUUCUGGGGCAAUUAGUAACCUUGAAGAUGCAUGGAAGCAGUGGAUUUCAGGUAUCCCUGCCAACAAGAUAUUCUUGGGGCUAUCAGCUUCCCCACAGGCUGCAGGGAGCGGCUUCAUUCCUUCUGCUGAUCUUAUUUCCAAUGUGCUUCCAGCCAUUAAGGGUUCUACUAAAUAUGGAGGUGUUAUGCUGUUGUCAAGGUAUUAUGAUGCUCAAAGUGGUUAUAGCUCUUCCAUCAGGAGCCAUGUGUAA